AUGCGUUUGUUUAACGACUUCACCAAUCAGUAUCAGCAGAUAACAAAACCUUUCAAGGGCCAACUUGGUGAAGAAGAAGUUAAGAAAAGAACAGCAGCCAUCUUUAAGGUAGCAGUCGCAUUCGAGAAAUUUGUUCUCAACUACAGCAGGUACCACCUGAAUAGGACGAAACUGUUAAAGAAUAUGACUGACAGUAGAAUGGGUGAGUCAAAAUGUCGUCUUUUCAGAUUUGUGAAAUUUGUUGAUUAAAUAAAUAAUGACCAACAAAAGACCACUAGGCUGUCUAAAAUAAUGAAUAAGGGGGGGUAAGUUUCUAAAGAAAGUGUGGUGCUGCGUUGUUGGGAGAGCAUAACAGGGUAAUUAAGUAUUAUUUACUGAACUGGUAACGCAAACUGGCCUUCGUAAAGAAUUGACGUUUCGAGUGUUAGCCCUUCGUCAUAGCGAUUGACGAAGGGCUAACUAAAAUAAUGGCUAACCUGCAGCCUGGCUUGAAGAAAUAAGCUAUGCGCGUUACUUCUCAAAGGACGCUCGGAAAUAAUUUCACGCGCUUCAAAUCCUUAAGUCUCCUUUCUUUUGUAUUAAUAUAAAUAGAUGCAGAUAGAAAUUUGUAAAUCCUUUUUUUUUUUUUUUCUAUUUGGAUGUUAAAAAAAAUUCCGACAUUUUUAUGACGUCUUUAGAAUAUUACAUUUCACCUUUGUCAAAUAAAACUGAAUCGCUUUAAGACAAUAGUGUGGCGUUACCACCAGCACCUUUGUUUGGAAACCUGGCACAUCAACUCCGUCCACGCUCCUUUAAAUCGUGAUGACGGCGGCCUACUUCCUGACGCCUAUGUAUACCUUGUCAGAAAAAAAAAAAGAAGCUAAUUAGUAUAAAAGGACUUCUUGUUGCAGCGUUUAGAUCACCCCUGACGAAGGCAUUAGGCAGGAGUGGUCGAAACGUUGGGUCUCUGAAUUGAAACUUCUCGGUUACAUUAAUCAAAUCUUUAAACCAUAGCAGCAUGAAACCAUGUCUGAGUGUUGCUCAUUUUUUAGACUUCGCAUGCAUAUUCAAAUAUGCUAUAAAAUUCUAAAACGGCAGUUACUUUGUAACGGUGUAAUUCAUUCAACAGAAGUAAUACUACACUCCUACAAACCCAACUACUUUAUCAACCAACGUGUAAUAAUUAUUACUAAGAAGCUAAGCGACCCAAUCUUACCUUAAUUAUAACUUUGAUGCCACUGACAAAAAAAUAGAUGUUUCCCCCAAACCCUCCUGAAAUGUGUCAUCUUUAAACUAAAUAAUAAUAGCUCUCUCUUAGUAUAGUUUUCCAGACAGACAAUCACGACCGGAAACAACAGCUACUUCUCUUAAAUGACUACAUAUAAAUCUACAACGUAUUGUAGAACUUUUCAGAAGCUUACAAUUCAGCUAGUCUGGUAGAAUUAAAUCAUGAUUACAUAUAACCUAAUAGAAAGUUCUGGAACGUUCCAUGCUAAGUCAUCAGAAGGCUGGAGCAUCCAUGUCACAAUAACAAGCCAUUCUAGAAAUCUCCAGAAUCUACUUUUUACAGUCAUUGUUUAUUACAUUUCCGUCUUAUCUUUUCCUUCCUCCGACAGUUGUACGCAUGAAGAUUGGCUACCAGAAUGAUCCGAAUAACUUCCUUCUGGAGGAAGAAGAAUGGCAAACCAGCAUUAACAUUUCCUCUGCAAACUUUGCCAAGAAUGGUAGACACCAUUUAAUCUCAAAAUUGUGCAAUGCCAUUUUGCUACCGAUUAAUGCUUCAUUUCUGUAGUGUUUCUACGAAGUCUUUCGCAUUUUGACUUUGAAAUUGCUUUUUCCCUUAUCAAAGUGGGUUUGGUGAAACACGUAAAAUUUGUCGGUAUAUUUAUGUUUUAGGUCUCAAGAAGUGAAAAAAUGACCAAAAAAGGGCAUCUUCAUUGAAAUAUUUUAUUAAAGUCUGGGAGAAGUAAAAAAAUAACCAAAAAGAGGCAGCUUGAUUGAAAUAUUCCAGUAAAGUCUGGGAAUAUCUGAGGAAGAAUAAUAAAUGUUGUAAUGAUGCAGUGUCCAGCAUAAAGUAAUAGUUGGCUAGGUAAAAUACUUGUUUUGGGUGGUCAAAUAAAUAGCUUUGAUCUUAAGAUUCUACUUACGCUUCGGUGUUCGAAAAAAAUAUUGGGUUGUAUUUUUGAAUAACCCCAUUUAUUAUAUAGCUGGCAGAUGUUGUGGGCUAUAAGAAGCGAAUCAUGUGUUCUGGUUUUUCUUUUCUUUUCUUUUCUUUUGGAACUAUGUGGUGAAAAAAUAAGAUUAUAUUUGAGGCUAAGGCUUUGUUUUUAAUAAGUAUGGGGUUACACCAAAGCCUCUCCGCGGUUUGUAUGUCUUUUAUGUUUAUUUGUUUGCUCAGGGUCCGUGGUUGUAGGAUGUUUGUACAAAGAUCUCCAUGAAUUGCUGCUGACUAAGCAGUCCAUUGGGAAUGAAACUCACAAUUCAAGGUGACCUUAAUACGUAAUAUAUUAGAGAAUUGGUUCAUGCUUAAUGUGCGUGAGUUGAGUUGCAUGCUAUGCUGAGCCAUAAAAAAAAACACAGCCACUAAAUAUGCAGGAAACUCAAUGUGUAACCGAAGGUAUGACGCUUAACCUUGAUGCCAGUCAUCUUAAAGGAAAUUAGAAAGCAGUGUCAUUUCCUGUUUCCUGCGACGUUUGACUAUCAUAAUUUUAAUAGCUAAAUGUGGCGAAGUCCUCAGUCAAUAACUUCUACAACAUCUAAAAAGAAUUUGCAGAUGUUUUGGCUAUUUGUCAACCUCUAAAUCGCACAUAGGGCUAAAACAUUCCUUUUUUACCGUUAAAUAAGUGGAGAUAAAAAAUUAUACAGAGCCUUUUUAUUCAUAAAAAAUAUGGUUUAACAGUUUGGUUUUCAAGACAGAUAGCAUAACGGCCAUGGUGAUUUGAAGAGUGUAACUUUCUAAACAGGUAUGUCAACACCAGGAUAACGACCGCGGCUAUGGAUCCUAAACCGGAAAUUUUACAAGAUGUCAUCUUGAAGUUCAGAAACCUAAAGGUACUUAAUUUCUAGAAGACUGAAAAAUAACUUCAGUCCUUCUAUAUUGUGUUGAGUCAAUUCAAACGAAAUGAAAUUUGUUUCUAGGUCGUUGAGGAAAAAAAGCAUUGCAUGUUUUGGAGUGGCUUCAGCAAGAGGUAAAAACAUAUAAUAUCACAUUAACUAAUUUGUUUUGAAAUUAAUUUAUUCUUUAACAUUUAAAUUAAGUUAUGACCUUCAAUUUAGUAUUAGUUUGUCUGUCGCUUCCAGAAAUUUCCAUAUGAGAUCAAUGUUUAUUAUUCUUUUCCUAUAAACGAUGGAAUGAGAGGGCAUCUUGAGAGUCUAAAUGUAUUUCAAAAAUUAAACUAGACCUGCUUCCAGAAUGAACCUUUCGACCCUCUGCUGGUUUCAAACCCUAAUCGCUUAUCUCACAUUUUUUUUAUUCGUCAUUCAUUUACUUUUUCAGUCCAGACGGGUACUCAGAGGAUGGUUGUCAUGUAGAUACAGCAAAGAGUAACCCAGAAGAAACAGUCUGUAGAUGCAAUCAUUUGACUUACUUUGCUGUCCUAGUUGAUUUUGACAGUGGUGGCACAAAGGUUUUUUUUUUUUUUCAUCAUCGAUAUUUUUUUAACGUACUUCCACCGUUAGGUUUAAUAAUCAAUUUUUUGUUUCCAAUUUUUGAUAAAGCUCUCCAAGAAGGACGGAACGAUCUUGGAGACUAUCACGUACGUAGGGUUAAGUCUUUCCGUCAUCGGGAUGCUUUUGACAAUCGUCCUUUAUUCUUUCCUCACGUAAGUACUGUUACCAAAAAAUAACUUAUGACUUUGAUGUUGAUUUCAUAAAGUUGGCCAGGGUGUGCAAAACUAGAUUUUAAAAAUCACUUUUGGCAACUACGAUUUGAAAGACUAUUGUGCUUACUGGAUUAAAUAGUCAAUGACCGAAAUCCGUGCAGUUACUGGACGAGUGCGAAUCGUUAUUAUUAACCAUCUGUUCAUCUGUUCUCAAUCCCCCUUAAUUUGCGACAGACGGCAACUCAGUGUAACUCAGAAAUAGCAGUAGUGUUCCUUCCAAUCUCCCUUAUACUUUGCAUGCUAAAUAUUUAAGUUACUUAUUCAUAUAUUUACUAGUCAGUGUUUAUUCUUUUCUUCUCUAGACUUUCAGUUACGUUUGCCUAUGAUAACUAUCACUGAUUUGUCUUGCUUUUUACUUCGUCAGAGAUGUUCGUGAACCUCUAUCACAAAUACGUUUAAGUCUUUCUGUGUCCCUCAGAGCUGGACAAAUAAUAUUUCUUGCCGGGAUAAACGCCACAGAAAACAUGGUAAGUUGCAUAUCAUGGAAGAAAUUGUUAUUUAACACUUCAAAUUUUUCACAGCCAGGAUCAUGUUCUUUCUUUCUCUUAUGCGGUAUUUUCUGAUGGCCGCUUUCUGUUGGAUGCUGGUUGAAGGAAUUUAUCUCUACCUGUUUGUUGUAAAGGUUUACAACAUCAACACUAAGAUAUACAUGUACCACGUCAUAUCAUGGGGUAUUUAUAACUAUUUUUUGCCAUAUUUGGUAUAUUAUUCCCCGACAUUUACAUCAUUCUUCGUUCUCUCUAUUUGUAGGUCUUCCUGUCGUCAUGGUAGCCAUUUCACUGAGCAUUGCUGCUGGAAAAGAAGGGAUGAAAAGCUUUACCAGUGAUAAAUAGUAAGAAAAAACAUUUGAUAUUUUCUUGUUUCCACUAUAUUUCAGUUAUGGUGACAAUUUUUCUUUUAUUUGUUUUCCUUGUCUCAAGUUGCUGGCUGUCUUCAACUAAUAAGCCAAUCUGGAUUUUCGUGGCAUUCGUGGCGUUUAUCGAAUCAGUAAGUUUAUGACUAAUUGACGUCAUAUGAUUUUUUUUAUUCAUAUUUUCGAAUUGAUUAUCAUGUUUCUUUUUAUCGAAGAGUAUUGUCUAAUUUGUUUUUAAUUAUAAUCAUUAUUAUUAUUUUUUAAAUUUUUUUCAGCUCAACAUUUUAAUACUUGUACGAGUCAUAAAGGAGAUAACUACACUCGUAGAACCAUUGGCGGAAGAUAACUAUGCUCGGCAAAUAAGGUAUGACUUGACUUUUUUUAGCAAUGUGAGUUUAAAUAAUUGCAUUUUUAUUUUUCCAAACUUAAAUGACUCUUCUCAUGGAGUUUUCUAGUUCUUCCCAAGGGAUCAUUGAACGUCGAGGGGAAAGAAAAUCCACUGAAUCCUUCGAGGCCAGUUACAUUACAUUUCAUAGUAUUGCCUUGUUCCAUGAUACUCGCUUAACUUCCCUAUUAAUCUGAAUCAGUGGAUGGUCUUAUAGUGAUAAAAUUUGGGGGGAAAAAAAGUAAAAUGUCUAACUCUCAUGCCCCGUUGUAAUUGUUCUCAUCCUUUAGACUUGGCGUUAAAGCGGGCGUGGUGAUGAUUCCCCUGCUGGGCGUUUCGUGGUUGUUUGGUUUCCUGGCACCAUUGCACAAAGUUUUCACUUACAUUUUUACCAUCUUCAACCCUACGCAGGUUAGCUUAGACUCAUGA